GGACAGAGCGUGUCAGAAGAAGUUUAGGACCAUGGGGCAACCCAUAGCUACAACAACGGAAUGUUUUCACCAAGGAACAGAGGAGGAACAUUUCAGAGCACGGCGAACCUCAACCAAGCCAGUCUAAUUCAGCAAGCGUUAUCGGCCUUCGGGCCAUGGCCAAUUCCGCCAGGAUGCACUUAUCCAGUACCACAAGGAGGAUAUGGCGUCCCACAUUUCAUCCCGGAAGAGAGAUCCGGAUAUGGAAUAGGAGCCAAUGGCUCAACAGGAUACACAGGGUUGUACGGAGGGUACGGAGGGAUGGCGAUGGGAAACGGUCAUGGAGGAAGUUUCCCGGGGGGAGGAGUCAUGGAAAGCAGGAAUUGCAGAGGAACAAGCAGAGGAGAAAGCUCGAGAGGGGGAGAGGCGCAAGGAGCGCAAGGCAUGAUGGGCCUGAGGGCACAUGCUGGAGGAGAAGGAAUGGGUCCAGGGGGGCAUACAGGAAUGCAAGAUGGACACGGGGGGAGGCCGUCGGAAACGGGAUAUGGAAGGAGUAACUCAAGAGGGGAGAAUUCAGAGCCGAGGACUGGACAUUCUCACGUUACGUGCACAGGGCGCUGCAGUGACAGAGGACCUAUACGAAGGAAACAGCCACUGGACAAGCUCCUCCAUAAAAAUUUCGAGAUAAGGGAAGUUGGAUCUGGACAGACCGGUGACAGAAGAAGAGGCCUUGCAAGCACUGAAGGUGAUGGCCAGGGGAAAGCGUCAGGCUGUGAUGGCAUGCCAACGAAACUGUACUUGGAGCUGUGGCCAGGUAUAGGAGCCCACUUGGUGGAAAUUUACAACCAGGUGUUGGAAGGGAAGAGACGAUCUGUCAGCAUGUGCAAAGGGGUAAUCUCCGUGCUUUUCAAGAAAGGGGAUAGGACGAAAAUUCGAAAUUCGAGACCAGUGUCUCUUCUGAACAUCUCCUAUAAGAUCCUGGCGAAGAUCCUGGCAAGGAGGCUGGGCCGGUAUCUGCCGGAGUUGGUGAAGGUAGAUCAGGCCGCCUUCGUAAGAGGGCGGUCGAUCUUCGACAACAUAGUUACUGCCAUCGAAACGCUGGAAACAGUUCAGAGGGAGGAUUUGAAUAUAAUGGUGCUACUGCUUGAUCUGGAGAAAACGUACGACAGAGUUAACUGGUUGUACGUCCUCACAACACUCAAGUGGAUGGACUUCGGGCGGAACUUUGUCACAUGGGUCAAGACGCUGUACAUUUACUCUACUGCUGCAGUAAUGAUCAACGGGAAACAAUCAGAGGAGUUUCCACUUACACGGUUGCUGAGAUAGGGCUGUUCGCUGACCCCUCUACUGUUUACGGUCCAGUUCGAGGUGGUCCUGAACAACAUAAGGGAACACCCGCAGAUA